AUGCAUUUCUCACGCCGUUUCGGCUCUCCUGUAGCCGCGGUUGCAGUAUUGAUUGGGAUCGCCGUCCUGGUCGUGAUAACAGUCGGGGAGGGAUUGAAAGUAUUUGUAGGAAAGCAAGGGCAUGCCGACCUCAACAAACGAGAUGACUCGAUUCCUUGGUUCUCCUGGAGGUAUGUCGAAGAGUAUCACCGAUUGAUUGUUGCAAUUCUGACAUGUUGCCAAACAGCUCAGAUAAUUCCCUUCAACAGAGAGACACAAGUUCAGCAUUCUUAGCCGAGAGGAUGGGGGCCAUUUCUGAUGUUGCUGGAACUCUCUUCGAUGGUGGCGUAACACAGGCAAAAAAUGUCGUUGGAGGAGGCAAAAAAGCGGCAUCCCCUCAGAUUAAAGAGGAUGUGAGUCCAUCCGUGGAAGGGAACAUUGCUUCAAGCGCCGUAGCCGGUGUCGAUAAUGCUGUCAAAACCGCUUCUCAAGAGGUAGACCAAAUCGUCAACGCUGCAACCGGCAUUGCAGGAAGCAUUCUUGCCAGCGCUUCUGGUGUGUCAAAUCUUGCUCCACUAGCUGAAGUUCUUGCAACCUCAACAGGUAAUGUCGCUGCUUCAAGACCUUCGAUUUCACUCGCCAAUUAUCUAGAAGCAGCUCCUCCGCCAGCGCCCACUUCAAAUGGAACACCAAAGCCUUCUGUCGUGAAUACGACUCCAAUGGCACCACUUGCUGGGAAUGGCAACUCCACCUCACCAUCCUCGGUUAAGAAUAUGACCUCGAUCCCCAAUCUGAUGAGCAACAAUAACGCUUCAGUACCCAGUGGCGUUGCAAUGCCCUCAAACAAACCCUCCCUUCAAAACAUCACUUCUCCAGCAAUGAACAAUACUUCUGGAGAUCUCAAGGGCAAUUCUUCAGCACUAAGUGGCACGGCAAUGCCUACAAAUAAUAUACGACCGCCACCUCCACAGAAUAUGACUAAACCACAAAAUAUAACAUCUGAAAGCCCGCUGAAGCCAUCGAUGCUACCAUUAUCCCAGAACACCACUGCUCCACGUCCAGCCAACACUUCUUGUCCAGCCCCUAUGAUGAUGACCAUGACUAUGACAACAACGAUGCAACCAGAAUGCCCAGCACCUGUUACUGAGACUUGCACAGUCACAGAGACCUGGCAUAGUACGAUCUAUGCAGGUACAGUUACCUUGUUCAGUUUCAUGGAUGUUUUUACGGUAACUUGUACGACAACAGUUAGGUAUGUAAAUCUUUGGUGUCCAAUAUCACGAGUAAACUAAUUAGUCAAAGCGAUUGUUCGGAUACGCCAUCGAUGCCAACUCCACAUGCAUCCCCCCACAACUCUACCAAUUCGACCAAUUCACACUCUGUGGGCCAUGUCCCUGUCUACUACUCAUUUGCACCUUCAGCGUAAGUCUUUGGUUAGCCCUUCUCCUUUCGAGGGCCAUUGACUAACCUUGUGAUUGCAAUGAUUCUAGUAAAAUAUUGCCAGCCGGAGCACUUCAAACAGUCAUGGCAAGUUCCACGGUCAAGCAUACUAGCGGGUCAGUAGCAUCGGCUGCAAAAGCAACUGGAACAUCUGGAUCAGGGAAAGUAACUUGCAGUGACGGAACCAUUGUUUCAGACGUAAAAGACUGCCUCGAUGGCGUAGCGGAUGCAGGCUCGUCGGUACUGGCGAACAGAGCAAUCCGUUUACUCUCCAAGGACACGAUAUCAGGGGUAUCGGCUGUGACUGUCAUUCAUCAGACUUCUGCUAUCCAUACGAUUCGUCCUCUGGUUGAUGAGAGCAAGAUCUUUUCAAUCAUGGCUAGACAUGGGGGAUCGAGGAAGAAGAGGGAUUUAUCUCAGGAAUAG